GCCAAUAGGAUGUGAGCAACGCAAUCUCACCUUAUCCGCCACGAUCUCACCACAAUCACUCCUUAUCAUACAUCCAGAUUACAUUCUUCUCCUCAAAAACUAUAGAGGAAACUAGGAGAGGAACAAAUGGCAGCGAUGAACUCUAGUGUGUUGGCAUGCAACUAUGCCGUCUCCGGUGCCGGAAUAUCUGAACUUGCAAAAGCAAAGACGACUUGCAUGCCUUCAGUUGAAUCAGCUGCUCAGACCAAAGUAGUUGCAAUCAGGGCCCAACAGCCUAGCACACAAAAUAGUCAAGCAGCUGCUGGAAGAAGGGCUGCGCUGCUUUCCCUGGCGGCCGUUGCUUUCACCGCUGUUUCGUCCAACUCCGCUGCCAAUGCCGGUGUCAUUGAUGAUUACCUCGAAAAAAGCAAAGCCAACAAGGAACUGAAUGACAAGAAGAGGCUGGCAACGAGCGGUGCAAACUUUGCAAGAGCAUUUACUGUUCAAUUUGGAACAUGCAAGUUCCCAGAGAACUUCACUGGCUGCCAAGAUCUCGCCAAGCAAAAGAAAGUACCAUUUCUCUCUGAUGAUCUGAGUUUGGAGUGCGAAGGCAAGGACAAGUACAAGUGUGGUUCCAAUGUUUUCUGGAAAUGGUGAUCACCCAGACAAAAUGGACAACCAACCAUCCGUCCAAAUCUAUUAAUUUUCUCUCAACCUUAAAUCAUACAAUGUACGCAGCAAAUAUGCAAUACUGUAUGUGUCUAUCUAGCUGAAUUUCUUGUUAAUUGAAAAGCUUCGACGAUCCUUCACCUUUGGUUGAA